AGAGUCUUCCAAUCUGAGACUCUACAGUGUGCUGCCAGUCUGUGAGCUGGAGAGCCACCGACAGAGCCACUGACACAGAUUGAUACUGAUUGAUACUGACAGGAACAGACUUUGACAGAUGACCAGACAGAGAUAAUGACGGUGUGGACCUUGGGGUGGCAUUGAUUUUAGUUGGCACGCACACUUGCUCCUGCAUUUGUUUGAAGGUACUUCAGCUCGUCUCCUGGUCUUGGAUCAUUUUUAUGUAAGACUGCAAUGCUUCCAUUCUACCUCUUCACCCUGUUUGCCACAGUCCAAGGCCAGAAUGGGCCCUUGCCAGGCUGCUGUAGCUUUGAGUCCAGCACCUGCGGAUACACGUCAGACCCAGACUUUACGAGCUGGACGCUCAACAAAGAUGGGUCUUUUAUCUCAGUGGACACAGGCCUAGAGUACCAGAAUAGUCAGGAGAAGAGGCCAGAGGGAGAGGAAAGGUCAGAGGGAGAGAGCAGGGGGGUUCUGCUGAGCCCCGCCAUGGAGCAAGAGGACUGGAGCUGUCUCAGGUUGGUGUACCAACUCUCUGGGUCAGGCUCCCUGCAGGUCCAGCUGCGCAGGGAGGGAGAGAGCUUCGACUGGACACUGUGGAGCACCCAGACCGCCUCUGACAGCUGGCUCAUCUCUAGCAUCGACCUCCAGAACACCACAGAGCCGUACAGGAUUGUCAUUGAUGGCAGACCCGGUGAGAGCACAGGCAGCAGUGUGGCCAUCUUUGAGAUACGCAUCAGCUCUGGAUACUGCUUAGAGUGCAACUACGAGGAGUCCCACCUGUGUGGCUACAGAAAUCAGUGGAACACCAAUAUCAACUGGUACAGGAGAGGUGGGGCUGCACGGGACCCUCAGAGUAACCUACCUGAUGACCACACGCGGAGCAACGGAGCAGGUCACUACAUGUAUGUGGAUUCAGUGUACGCCAAGACAUUCCAGGAGGUAGCCAAACUGGUGUCUCCCUUGACAACGGUGCCAAUGUCGGGCUGCCUGAUCUUCCAGUACCGGCGGGGUGAAGAGCGAGGGAACCUGUUCUCCGUCUACACCAGGGACCAGGCAGGCCAGUACCAGGAUCUGUGGAGAUCUGACCCAGAGGACCAGAACCUUAAUGACUGGACCAAUACAACCUCUGAGUGGAUACCUGUGCAGGUGGACAUCAAGGCCCCGUACCCUCUGCAGGUGGUGUUUGAAGUGGCCUUCAACAGCCCCAGAGGGGGUCAAGUGGCACUCGAUGACAUUACCUUUUCUCCCGAGUUCUGUAGUGCAGAGACAGAGCCAACCUUUGAUCCCUCCAUUGCCAACUGUGACUUUGAGGGUGGUUUCUGCCGCUACACACAGGAUCAAAAGGAAGGGUCCCCAUGGAAGAGAGUGUCAGUCAAGCCCAACAUUUACAGGACUGGGGACCACACAACAGGGGCAGGAUCCUUCCUUCUGGCCCACUCCCGGCUGAAUCCACGUGCUGGCUAUAUUAGCCGCCUGCUCGGGCCUCUUCUGCCCGGCAACAUGAAGUACUGUCUGAGGUUCCACUACUCUCUCCAUGGAUUCAUCCAGACCGACCAGGCUCUCACCGUUUACCUUCAGGAUCAGAGCGGAAUCACACAGGAGAGGAUAUGGACCCAGAACGACAAGUCCAGAGGUGUCUGGAUAGCGACGGAGAUCACCUUCCAGAGUCCACAUGUUGCCAAUGUGGUGUUUGUCAGCACAUGUACGAACUUCUGGGACUGUGGGUCAGUUGCUCUGGAUGACAUCAGUGUGAGCCUCGGGGAUUGUGAUCUUACAACAGGUCUUCUCCUGUCUGUCCCUGGGCACUGUAACUUUGAGACGGGUCACUGUGGGUACAUUCAGGACAAAGAGGGUGAUAAGGGUGACUGGGUACUGGUGAGAGGGCCUACCCCCACUUCUUACACCGGGCCAAGGGGGGAUCACACCACAGGAGUCGGGUACUACAUGCACAUUGAGGCCUCUAACAUGCUGCCUGGUCAAAAUGCCCGACUAUUCUCCAGUCCUCUGAGGGGGUCCAGGUGUCCUCAGUGCCUGCGUUUCUUCUACCACAUGUACGGCUCGGGCACGGGUGAGCUCAGUAUCCAUCUGCGCAAGGAUGGAAAGGACGAGUUGCUAUGGAAACGCACUGGAGAGCAGAGCAUCACCUGGCUGAGAGCCACUGUGGAAUACCGGAGUGACCAACAGCAUCAGAUUGUAUUUGAGGCCAUCAGGGGUUCCUCAAUAAGAAGUGAUAUAGCCAUUGACAACAUUGUGUUUGAAAGUGGACCGUGCCCAGAUAUUGAAGUAAAAAUGACCCAUUCCUCUGGAAACUCAAAUGAUAUUGAGUGAAGGAGCAGCAGAGGGGAAUAGUGCUGAAUAGGAUGCAUGAAUCAGUUGAGUUGAAACUUGCACAUGUGGACAAAAAUGUCCCCAAAUACAUGUUAUUUUAUGUUGUACUGAUGGCACCGAAUCAUUUUGCACGUAUAACUUCAUAUUGAUUUCAAACAAAAAAUGCAGCAACCUUGCCAUGAUGAGUAAAAUAUAUUCUGCAUUUACAACCAAUCAAAUUGCUAUAUCACUGUACAUUUUGUAUCUAUGUCACACCUGACUAUACUUGCUCUUUGUAAAGAAACUGGUAAUAGCGUUGUCGAUUGAUGGGGCGGCAGGUAGCUUAGUGGUUAAGAGCGUUGUGCCAGUAACCGAAAGGUCGCUGGUUCUAAUCCCGAGCA